AUGGCUCCCAAUACAGAAAAACGACAAGUAAGCUUCCCUCAGUUGGAAUAUCCGAUUUAUCGAGAAGCACAGCCGAAAUCUGCUCAACACUGGUUAAAAGGAAAGAGAAUGCAAGAUGGCGCCGAGGAAUUGUGGAGAAUUCAUGACAGUCUUUAUGAUUUAACAGAUUUUAUAUCUUCACACCCUGGAGGGUCACAAUGGAUAGCUGUUAAUAAGGGUACAGAUAUUACAGAAGCUUUCGAAACACAUCAUCUCAAAGGAAUUGCUGAGUCACUAUUACCAAAUUAUUAUGUAAGAAAAGCAACCAAGCCAAGGAAUCAACCAUUCACGUUUAAAGAAGAUGGAUUUUACAAAACUUUGAAGUUGAAAGUCAUGGAUCAGAUCCAAUCAAUACCUAAAGAUGUGAGAAAGAAAAGCGAUUUUAUCACUGAUGGUUUAUUGCUUGCUUUAAUUAUCUUGGCUCCAUUAAGUUGUUGGGGCUGGACCCAAAGCUUUAUCAUAGGAGCCUCUCUAACCCUCAUGACCAGUUACGUUCUGAGUUCUGUGGUCACAUGCGCACACAACUAUUUUCAUCGAGGCGAUAACUGGAGGAUGUAUAUAUUCAACUUAGCUGGUAUGUCAUUUAGUGACUGGAGGGUCUCCCAUUCAAUGUCUCACCACCUACAUACGAACACUGCUCAGGACAUUGAACUUUCCAUGAUAGAACCUUUUCUUCAAUUCAUACCGUAUAAGGACAAGCCUAUAUGGGCACAAAUGGGUGCUUUCUACUAUCCUCUCGUUUACGCUACGUCCCUACUUUCAAUUAUGGGUCACGAGUUGAUACUCAGUGCAACGAACCAUGAAGGCAAGACGUUAACUUGGAAGAAUCUGAUUCCAUUCUUGAUUCCAACUUGGAUGUACAUAAUGGGUGGCUUGCCUUUACACUGGACUAUUGUUCUCUGGCUAGCCACUAUGGUACCAGCUAGCUUCUUCUUCGUUUUCUACGGAUUAACAGCUGGUCAUCAUAACCAUAGGAACUUCUUUGAAGGGGAUGUUCCUAGAGACGAAAAUAUCGAUUGGGGCAUUCAUCAGCUGGAUGCGAUUUGCGAGAGAAUCGAUUAUGCGGGCAACCAUUUUAAAUCGAUUACUCGUUUCGGGGACCAUGCGCUGCAUCACCUGUUCCCGACACUAGACCAUGCGGAGCUCAAAUACUUGUACCCGGUACUUUUAGAACAUUGUGAAAAGUUCGAAUUUCAAUUUAAAACUAAUACUUUUUACGAAACAAUAAUAAAUGCGAGUAAGCAAUUAAUACGAAAACGCCCAAACAACUUUAGAGAUGUAAAGGCGACGAAAUAA